GCGCGGCCGGCGGGAGAGGUGGGAUUCCUGGUCUGCAUCGCCUGGGGAGACGGAGAUAGUCCUGGCAAUAAGAGGGGGCCGCGAGGAUCGCACCCAGGAACUUGUCGCUGCCAACUGCAUGCCAGCCGGGCCCGGACUUCCCUCUUCCUCGUGCUCUACGCAGUGGCGUCAGGCGCUUUGUCUGCAUCCCAGGCGGGACACAAGAUCAUCGAUGUCUUAGUUGUAGACUUCUUGGAAAAGCUUGGAAAAACUGCUAAAGGAGGAGGGCGGGGCACUAAGCCCUGUCCUCCUCCUCUUCAAAAUACUGCCCCUUGUGUCUUCGGACCCCCACCCUCAGAAAUUGCAUGUAGGUUUGUCAUGAGUCCGUCCGGCUGCUCCCAUGUGAACAGCUUUAAAGUGGACAAUUGGAAGCAGAAUCUGCGUGCAAUCUACCAGUGCUUUGUUUGGAGUGGGACACCUGAAACCCGGAAAAGAAAGGCUAAGUCGUGCAUCUGUCAUAUGUGUGGUGCUCACCUGAACAGACUUCACUCUUGCCUGUAUUGUGUGUUCUUCGGUUGUUUUACAAAGAAACACAUUCACGAACACGCAAAGCUUAAAAGACACAAUCUUGCCAUAGAUUUGUUGUAUGGGGGUAUAUACUGCUUUAUGUGUCAAGAUUACAUAUAUGACAAAGACAUGGAGCAAGUUGCCAAAGAAGAACAAAGAAAAGCAUGGAAAUUGCAAGCUUUUGCUCCGUCAUUGGCUUCUCCUUACCAGUAUACAAUGACAGGUGUUGGAGAAAAGUAUUCAACGUGGGAGCCAACAAAGAGGGAGCUAGAGCUGUUACGGCAUAACCCCAAAAGAAGGAAAAUAACCACAAACUGCACCAUAGGUCUGCGAGGCCUAAUCAAUCUCGGGAAUACAUGUUUUAUGAACUGUAUCGUCCAGGCACUUACCCACACUCCCCUGCUACGAGACUUCUUCCUUUCUGAUCGCCACAAAUGUGAAAUGCAAAGCCCCAACUCUUGCUUGGUUUGUGAAAUGUCAACUCUUUUUCAGGAGUUUUACUCUGGGCAUCGAUCUCCACACAUUCCAUAUAGGCUACUGCAUCUUGUAUGGACACAUGCACGGCAUUUAGCAGGGUACGAGCAACAGGAUGCACAUGAGUUUCUAAUUGCUGCAUUAGAUGUACUGCACAGACAUUGCAAAGGUGAUGACAAUGGAAAAAAGGCCAACAAUCCGAACCACUGUAACUGUAUCAUAGACCAAAUUUUCACAGGAGGCCUCCAAUCUGAUGUAACUUGUCAAGUGUGCCAUGGGGUUUCAACAACAAUAGACCCGUUUUGGGACAUCAGCUUGGAUCUACCAGGUUCUUCAAGCCCAUUUUGGCCGCUGAGCCCUGGAGGUGAAAGUGGUGUGGUGAAUGGGGAGAGUCAUGCGUCAGGAACGACAACCUUAACAGACUGUCUGAGAAGGUUUACACGACCAGAGCAUCUAGGAAGUAGUGCCAAAAUAAAAUGCAGUGGUUGCCAUAGUUACCAAGAGUCUACUAAACAGCUUACUAUGAAGAAACUGCCUAUUGUGGCCUGUUUUCAUCUCAAACGGUUUGAACAUUCAGCUAAGUUAAGGAGGAAGAUCACAACCUAUGUGUCAUUCCCCCUGGAAUUAGACAUGACACCGUUCAUGGCCUCUAGCAAAGAGAGCAGAAUGAAUGGUCAGUAUCAGCAGCCACAAGACGGUUUAAACAAUGACAAUAAGUAUUCCUUGUUUGCCGUAGUUAACCACCAGGGAACCUUGGAGAGUGGGCAUUAUACAAGUUUCAUCAGACAACACAAAGACCAGUGGUUCAAGUGUGAUGAUGCUAUUAUUACCAAGGCUAGCAUUAAAGAUGUACUAGAUAGUGAAGGGUGA